UCUGCGAAAAAUAGUUCAAAUUGUCACGCAGUCAUAAUGGGUGCUGAAAGUGACAUUGAGCUCGGUAGCACACCAUCAUCACAGAACGAGCUCCGCCAGCGCAAAAAGAGAAAGAUAGAUAAUGAUGAGCUUCCAAUAUCUUCACGCCCUUUCGCAGGUCGCAUAGGCGGAAAUUUGGAGUUUACAGUUUCGCCCAAGGCUCCGGAAUACGACACUGUUACAUCGAAAGCCCCAGAUGCCGCUGCAAAUUUCACCUGGCAACAAAGCUUCGACCUUCAAGGCUUUUUCGACCGUGACCUCUGGAAAGAAGCUGCCAUUGAAGGGGUAGGGGUAUUUGCUCAGAGCUAUAUCGGCGGAUUGUAUUCUAUGGGCUUGCAACCAGCGCUUACGGCGACCUCUCUAGGUCAAAUAACGCCUGCAAUACUCGGAGCGAUCUCGAAUGGCUUGCUUAUAUCGCUUUUCAUCUUCGCUGGAGGGCCGGUCUCCGGAGGUCAUUUCAAUCCAACUGUCACGCUAUCAACAUUCGCGGCGCGACUUGCCUCGUUCCCAAGGACAGUUUUGUACGUCAUAUUCCAAUGCGUAGGGGCUGUCGUCGCUGCGUGGAUUCUCCGAGCCAGUCUCGGCAUGCCUGCGGCAGCCUUUCGUACAGUGCCCGGCUGUUUCUUUGACGAGCAACUGGUGACUCCAGGACAAGCGUACGGAAUGGAGACAAUGACUACGUUCGUACUGAUUUUCAUCGCUUUUGGUGUUGGACUCGAUCCGCGUCAGCGAGAGUCACUGGGACCUGCAUUAUCGACCAUCCUGGUCGGCCUGGCUAUAAUGCUGUGUACUUUCGCGUCCGGCAUUGCUCGGCCUGGGUAUUCUGGAGCUUCGAUGAAUCCAGCAAGAUGCCUUGGAUUGAUGUCUGUAGCGGAGAAGUUUGACUAUCAUUACAUUCACUGGACCGGUGUGAUGACGGCUGCGGCGAUGAAUGGAUUCCUGUACUGGGUAGUUCCGCCUUAUAAAUAGAUGAAGGAAUCUAUGGUUAAUGGAGUAGAAUCUGUGGUAGUUACAGCAGCAAAUAGUAUAGUGGUAU